ACCCCCUUUGCAGGAACCGUUUCCUGCUGACGUCUCGUGUGUACUGUUUAAUCUUGACGGAUACGGUUUCUCGCAGCGAACAACUCCCGCAGCCCCUCUUAAUUAUCCGCCACUGAAACGAUGAGGAGGUGCGCACGAUGCGCUCCGCUCCGUUAACGCGUCGCGUUCGCUCGCGAGCUGCGUCGCUGAGCGCGAGGACGUCACGAGAAAACGGCGUCGUUCGUUUCUAACUUAACGUUACACAGACCUCACGUUAACUACACCUCGCUUGACAGCUACGGCCGGUGACAGGGUGGUAGUCUUUCAGGGUUGUGUUUUUCCUCUUCGAGAUGGCCGGGGGCAUUACAGAAACGAGGCCUUACUCACCCUUCGUUGGCCUGGUGUACAUGUUCAAUCUGAUAGUCGGCACUGGUGCCCUGACCAUGCCCAAGGCCUUUGCAGCAGCUGGUUGGGUUGUCAGCGUCUCCCUCAUCACAUUUUUGGCUUUUAUGAGUUUCAUGACCACCACAUUUGUGAUUGAAGCCAUGGCCGCUGCUAACGCCCAGCUGCGCUGGAAGAGGAGAGAACAGGAAGAGAUUAACGACAGCGACUCCAGCUCGGACUAUUCAGAUGACGAAGUUGUUAUUCGGGACGCUCGAACCCGCUGAGACGCGCCCAUUCUUUCUGUCCGUAAGCGUGCUGCGAAUGUAGACCACUUUGACAUUGUCGAGAGAGUCGAGAUGGGACAAAUGGCCUCCAUGUUCUUCUCGGCAGUUGGCGUCAACAUGUUCUACAUCUGUAUCAUCGUGUACCUGUACGGAGACCUGGCCAUUUAUGCUGCUGCUGUGCCUGUGUCACUGAUGGAGGUUGCGUGUGGGAAUCACUCGUGCAGUGCUGGGAGCGUGAAAUACAACGACACCGAGUCGUGCUGGGGCCCCGUGAGCCGCAAAGAUGCCUACAGAGUGUUUCUGGCAAUCUUCACACUGAUGUUGGGGCCCUUCACCUUUUUCAAUGCGCAGAAGACCAAAUACCUCCAGAUCCUCACCUCUCUAAUGAGAUGGAUUGCGUUCACCAUGAUGAUCAUCCUGGCUUUGAUUCGCAUCGGCAAGGGCCACGGUGAGGGCCGCCCAUCCGUGGCUCAGAUCUCAGGUGUGCCCAACCUCUUCGGGGUCUGCGUCUACUCGUUCAUGUGCCAGCACUCGCUGCCCUCGCUCGUGACGCCCAUCUCCAACAAGCAGCGCAUGAGCGCCCUGGUCAUGGCCGACUACGUCCUCAUCCUGUGCUUCUACAGCCUGCUGUCCCUCACGGCCAUCUUCUGCUUCGACAGCUCUCUGCUGCGGGACAUGUACACUCUAAACUUCACCGACAACUGCGACGUCCUGAGCAUUCCAGUGCUGCGCUACUUCCUGGGCCUCUUUCCCGUCUUCACCAUCAGCACCAACUUCCCCAUCAUAGCCGUCACGCUGCGUAACAACUGGAAGACCCUCUUCCAUCGGGACGGCGGCACGUACCCUUGGGUGGUGGACCGCAUCGUCUUCCCGCUCAUUACUCUAGUGCCGCCCAUCAUCGUGGCCUUCUGUACUCACGAUCUAGAGGCGCUUGUGGGCAUCACUGGGGCGUAUGCCGGAACGGGCAUUCAGUACAUCAUACCGGCCUUCCUGGUGUAUUUCAGCAGGCGUCAUCUCGAGCCCGUGUUGGGAAGGGAUGCUGUAAAUAAGCACCGGUCACCUUUCCAUCAUACCUUCUGGAUUUGGUUUGUGAUAUUGUGGGCAACGUUCUGUCUGAUGUUUGUGACCGCUAAUAUUGUCCUCACCGAGGCCAAGAACUGAGCUCACAAGUUGUUUUGUCGAGCCGUGUUUUUUGUUUUUUAAUUUUUUGUUUGUUAGGGUUAUAUGUUAAAUGAAUGGCAUUAGCUGAAGUUUAAUUCAGUGUUUAAAAGGGACCAAAAGACAUUUAGGGGAUGUUCAGGAUUAUUUAAAAACCAUAUGUGAUGUGUUCAUUCCAAACGUCACUUGAUUUGUUAUUUUCGGGCUUUCUCAUCAAAACAUGAUUGGGUCACUCUCCACCCCAAAAGCAAAAAAAAGCUACAAAUAAAUAAUAAUAAAUCAUAUGCAUAA